GCAACUUCCUCACACCGCGUUCCCCCCUCGCUCUGGUUCUUGCUUCAACAGUGUUUGGACGGAACAGAUCCGGGGUCCCCCAGCUCCCCUCGCUUUUGACCUUUGCUUUUCUGCAGUCCGCUAGCUCCUGGGACCAUCCGCCCCCCGCCUCCGGGACCAGCAGCCUCCUCCACCUUCGCCGUCGGUGCCAUGAGCUCCACCUCCCAGAUCCGCCAAAACUUCUCCUCCGAGGCCGAGGCCGCUGUCAACCGCCUGGCCAACCUGUACCUGCAGGCCUCUUACUCCUACCUGUCCCUGGGUUUUUACUUCGAUCGGGACGAUGUCGCCCUGCCUAGGGUGUCGCGUUUUUUCCGUGAGCUGGCGAAGGACAAACGCGAGGGCGCCGAGCGCCUCAUGCGGCUCCAGAACCAGCGUGGAGGCCGCGUCCUCCUCCAGGCUGUGCAGAAACCUGCCCAAGACGAGUGGGGCCGCAGCAUGGAUGCCAUGCAGGCUGCCCUGAACCUGGAGAAGGGCCUGAAUCAAGCCCUCCUGAAGCUGCACGCCCUGGGCUCGAGCCAAGGGGAUCCACACCUGUGCGACUUCCUGGAGAGCCACUACCUGGGCGAGGAGGUGAAGCUGCUUAAGUGCCUGGGCGACCACCUGACCACCCUGCGCCAUGUGCAGGUGGACCCCCAGCCCGGGCUGGGCGAGUACCUGUUCGAGAGGCUGAGCCUGAAGCAUGACUGAGGAGCAGCCAGGCAGGCGGCCCCCAGGCAGAAGGAAGAAGGCACCCCCAAUAAAGCCAGCUGCUCACCUAGCA